CCCCGGGGUGGCGAGGGGGGCCCGGGGGACCCCGCGGUUGCCGCUACCCCUCGCACCUGAUGGAGGAGCCGGGGGAGCUGCAGGAUGAGUCUCCUGGCUGCGGGACUUAGCUUCAGCUCGGAACUCAGUCCUCGACUCCCGAUUUUCGUAUCCGCGCCGCGUGGGCUCAACGCGUGGAUCUCAGCGUCAUGCCGCAGUCCCCGCGCUCCAUGCUGUCGCGCACGGUGGAGCGGUGGAAGGAGUACCGCACUCGCUGCCUCGACGAGAUGGAGUCCACGCCGUACCCCUCACACGCAGCCGGCCGCUACUGUAACCGCACGUUUGACAGCUACGUGUGCUGGCCGGACGGUCUCCCGGGGCAGAGCGUGAACGUGAGCUGCCCCCCCUACCUGCCCUGGUCCGACAGCGUGUGGUUCGGCCGGGCGUACCGCUUCUGCUCAGCUGAUGGGACAUGGCUCCGCAUGGACGGAUCCAACGAGACGUGGAGGAACGUGAGCGAGUGUGAGGACCGCACCAACCAGGAGGAGCCCCGGGAGCUGCUGUCCCUGAUCCACGCUGUCUACACGGUCGGCCACUCGCUCUCCCUCGCCGCUCUGCUGCUCGCCUCUGCCAUCCUCCUGCUCUUCCGGAGGCUGCACUGCACGAGGAAUUACAUCCACCUGAAUCUGUUCCUCUCUUUCAUCCUCCGCGCCAUCUCCAUCCUGGUGAAGGACGCUGUCCUGCGCAGCAUCUACGCCUCCGACAGCGACACGGGCGCCUGGGAUGAAGUGCUCGCUCACCAGGAGUCUGCGGCCUGCAAGGCGGUGUUUGUGCUCAUGCAGUAUUGCGUGGCCGCGAACUACUACUGGCUUCUGGUGGAGGGCGUCUACCUCCACACGCUGCUCGCGCUCGCCGUCUUCUCCGAGCGCCGCUCCUUCAAGGCCUACGUCGCCAUCGGCUGGGGAGCCCCCGUGCUGUUCGUGGUGCCAUGGGUGGUGGUGAAGCAACUGAACGAGAACGUGGGGUGCUGGACCCGCAAUUACAACAUGAACUACUGGCUCAUCAUCCGCCUGCCCAUCAUCGCUGCCAUCGCGGUAAACUUCUUCAUCUUCGUGAAGAUCAUCUGCCUCGUGGUCUCCAAGCUCCGCGCAAACCUCAUGUGUCGUUCCGACAUCAAGUGCCGAGGCGCAGAGCACGCCGACAAUAACCCGAGGCACUCGCCCACACACGAGCACCCAUUAGCGCUCGCGCACGGCCUCCUGGUGGCCAUCCUCUACUGCUUCAUCAACAGUGAGGUGCAGGCGGAGCUGCGCAAGACGUGGGAGCGGUGGCGCUUGGAGCGGGGGGCCGGGGGGGCCCGGGACGGCCCCGCGGCCCUCAAGCCCAUGCACUCCACGCUGCUGUCGGCCGCCAGCACCGACCACCGCCUGGGCUCCGACAGUGCCGAGCUCUGAGGCGCACCUUGCCUGGCACGCUGCAGCAGGGGUCACCGGCGGGGAUGACACCUAGCCUGGCACGCGGAGACCCCACCACCCCCCCCCCCUCCCCGCCGGGCAAAAAAGGGAGCUAGUCUGGCAUGAAAACAGUGCGUGGCUAAAACAAUUCGCCCGAGCUGGUGUAGGAAAAUGUGGGCGGGUAUGGAGGGGGGGAGUCACCUAGCCUGGUACGGAGCUCCCCUACCCGGCGCGGAUACUCCACUGGGCACCCAGUUGGGCACGGGGUCACCGUGGGGUUCGCUUAGCCUGGCACGGAGACCCAAGGUGACACAGGGACCCCGCGAGGGUGACUGCACGGCCCCCUGCGUCACCCCCCCCCCCCCUCUGUGAAGGGGUGGGCCCCACGGCUGAUUGGCCUGAGGGUCGCUGCGUCCCCUGGGACCCUCUUGCCUCCCCCACCCACCCCACUCACCCGUCUCCCAUGGGGGGCCCCCGACCCCUAGGACUAAUCGUGGGCCUUCCAACCCCCCUUCCCCUUCCCCACCAAGGCCCCAGUGUCUGUCACCCCCAGGGCCCCUGUACGGAGACCCGGGGACGGUCAAGACAAGUCAAGGGUCGUUGUGGGUCAUGGGGUCAGGGACCAACUCGUGUUGUUGUGAUUGUGGUUGCGUGUGAAAAUGUGUGCAGGAAGUGGACUCAAAGUGCACCCAGUCUUGCACAAGUGCUUUGGUGACGUCGCCGCCACUCAGUGGCAUGUUGCGAAUGGGUGGGGGGGCUGCUGUGUGUAUGCGCGUGUGCGUGGAGCGAUAAUACAGCGGCACUUACCCCAACAGUCUUAAGAGGCUAUACGGGGAUCUUUGUCUUUGUACAGCGGCUACCGCACUGCACUCUGGCGACCCCAGUUCUAUUCUCGCUCACGGCCAACAUCAGUGACAAUAAUCUGAAGCGGUCCUGGUCAUCUCCUAUGUCUGCUCAGCCUUAAAUGAUUACCAGGUAGGAUGUGUAAACAUCGUCACUGGGGAGACAAAGGCGGCCGGGCGUGGUGCUGGCCACCCACCCCAUUGUAUGCCGUGCCGGCUUCCUUAAUAGGUUCUCGCUAACAGCACUUGCCCCAACAGUCUGUAAAGGCUAUACGGGGGGUCUUCGUCUCUAUAUGUGCGUGUGUGGUAGAGGGAGGGAGGGAGCGGUGGCGUGGUAGUUUGCGCAUUGCGCUACAAACCAGGCAACCCAGCUAAGUUCGAUUCCCGGCCACGGUGAAUAUCGGUGGAGAGUAAAUACCCGAAAACCGGUUCUCCAACGGUUCUGGGCCUCCUCGAUUCAGCCUUAAAGGGUAUGACGCUGAUCCGCGGAGACAAAUGCGGCCGCGAGUGGCCCAAGCCACAGGACUCCCUCUAGCUCGUUCCAACCUUAAUAGACGCUCCCUAACUGUCUCCCUAACUGUCUGCGCAAUUCAUAGAAGCUCUGCGAUGGAUCUUUGUGUCUAGGUACAUAUGUGAACAUAUGUGUGUGUGUGUGUGCGUGCUUGCUAACACACGUACAAAACCGUGAACAUACGGCUGUGCGUGCACGUGUAGGUGUACAGGAUUAGCUAUCCUCUGUGGAGGAGGCUCGCGAAAGGACGCACAUGGAGAGUUGAAGGCAGUCGCCUCCCCACCGCAACAGCGGAGGGCAGAGGAGCGACGCUCACAACAAACGAGCGGAGCGCAGGGCGCCUUAAACGCAGCGAGUUUGCACAUUUGGUGCAUCUGCCAGUCAACUCAGUCGGUCGACCCGUGGCACCUGGGUCUGUCCCGUGACCUCCUGCCGGCAGGCCUUGCACUUCACGCGGCCUCAAAGUGCACCUAGCCUGGCAUAAGCACCGUGGCCACGUCACCGCCACUGAGUGAACGGCGGUUGUUGAAGCUAUAUACGCGUAUACGUUAGCGUGUGCGCGAGCGUGCGUUCACGUGUUUGCUAUUUCAAUAUUCGAAUGCGUGAGCAUGCGUGUGUAUGGUUCAUCGAGAGACUCGAUGAGCCACACCUUGCGAGUCGCACCAAUCGGCCUCCGCGCCGUGGAAUAUUUUUUAAGGGCCAGAUUUUUGUAAAUCCGGCCAGAAGCCUCAGCAGCAGUGCGAGUGGCUCGCAGUGGGAAGGUUGGGAGUUCAAAUCCUAGUUGGGGGGGGGGGGCGGUUGGGGGUGAUUGACUCUGCCCAUUAUCCCUCUGGAGGGAGGGUCAAUAUGAUGAGUACUGUACUACCACUGUGUGGGGAAGCCAACAGCGGUUGUCCUAUGGAUGGACUCGCCCCCGUCAUAUGAAUGUGGAAUUUCCACCACCGGCUCACUCGAGCAGAAGAUCACUUUUGAAUUUGGAACGUUUGUUUUCUCGGAUGUUCUCGUCGUGAGCCAGCACUGUCAUCUCUGUGUAGCUCACCUAGAACACAAUUACAAUGUACAUCAGUCGCACCGCGUGUAUUUCAGGGUGUGUGUACACGUGUACAAUUACUGUACGUGAGUGCAUAUGUGUACGCUAACAGCACUUGCUCCAACAGUCUAUUUAAGGCUCUAGGGGGAUCUUUGUCUUGUAUACAGUGUGUGUACUGUGUUUAUAUCCGUGUGCCUGUGAGUGUACGUGUGCGUGUUGAUAUUGAGCCGUUCCGGCCUUAAUAGAUGCUCACUAAAGCACUUGCCCCAACAGCCGGUAAAGGCUAUUCGGGGGAUCUUUGCCUUUGUGCGUAUUAUAGGUAUGGGUGGAGCGGUGGUUUAGUAUUUAGCGCAUUGCGCUACGAACCCAGUGCCAUAAGUUUGAUUGCCGCUCACGGCUAAAAUCAAUGGCAAAUAUCUGAACCGGUGGUGGGCCUUCCCUCGAUCGACUCGGCCUUAAAUGAGUACCUGGUACCGUGUGUGUAUGUGUGUGUGCCGUGUGUGUGUGUACUAAACAGCACCGGGGAUAACAAGCAGCCCCUCGUGUGCUGUUUCGGCCUUCAUAGGCGCUCACUAGCAGCACUUGCCCCAACAGUCUGUUAAGACCAUGCGGGGAUCUUUGCUGUAUGUAUCUGUGUUUACAUGUGUGAAUGUAUUUUUGCUCCCACCCCCAUGGGGUCUGAUUGAGUAAUGACGCGGCCGAAAGCCACGAAACGAUUAAUGGAACUCACACCCCCGCAUCCUCACCCCCAACCCCUCGCUCACAAUCACACCCACGGGGCUCCUCCUGCUGGGACGGGCUUCCGCGGAUUUUGGCUUCUGCGGAUCUAUACUCCAAACCGAGAGGACCAGGCCCCUAAACUAUUUAACUUUAGCAAAUGAGACUGUGCUAGCCUCCCGAGUUCUCUCACCCGGUUAAGCAAAUACACUUAGAACUUUACAGAUUUCUUUUAAUCGAUCACGUCGUUCGAGAAACAUUGCAGGUGGAAUUUUACAUCUUGUACAAAUGCAAUUCUCAAUACAAUGUUAUUCAUAUAGCAUCGCUUUGCACAACAUCAGUGCCUCGUCAUAUAUAUUAUAUAAUGAGAGGCUGAUCGAUGCCGGGUUGCAGUCAAAGAAUGGAUUCCUCCUGUUCAACCAUGUUAUGUAUGCCCAGAGCGGUCCCGAGGACACGUUUAAUCUGGGUUACUGCCCCGGGCCCCGCGCUUUGGGGGGUUGGGCACACGCUUCGACGUCAUGGUGUCAGAUGUAAUACUUCAGGUUUAGUUUGAAGGCGUCGGGGGCCCCACACGGUGUCAUUUGCCCUGGGGCCCGCAUCCCGCUGAUAAGAAUCUGGUAAUUGCUGCUUACUUUUGGAAGGAGUUGGAGAGACUGCUGCUGAACUUGAGAGCGUGCCACGAAGUGGCAGGACCAUCCCAUCGUCCCCACUAAAACAGAGCACCUGCCUGGGUAUUUUAUAUCAUCAAACACCCCGUCCCAUCAACUCUACAUGACUAAUCGGGUGGUUGUGGGGAGAGUGUAGGAGUUACAGUACUAUAACUUUGCAGUGUGCUCAUGACCAUAUUCGGUUUGGCGGCAGAUGUCUGGUAUUAUCUUUUCAUCGGCUGCCUAACGCUGUGGAAGCUACCUGGCCUGUCGCUCAAUAGAACGCUCUGGGUGUUCUCGGCUACAAUCACGCCCUCUCUUCUUUAUGCUUGGGAAAUGUGAACGCCUUUUACAGGAACAUCUGCGCUAGCUUUAGUGGCGAUGGUGUUAUGUAGUACGAUAAGAUUUGGAGUUGAUUCGACUUGCCGAUGACUGGUAACAAUCAAUGUCAAGAUCGGCCUCUGCAGAGGAGGCUCGUGAAGGACGCUACUGGGCAGUUGGAAGCAGUCGCCCUCCAACAACAACGGAGGGCGGAGGAGCGACGCUCACAACAACGAGCCGAGCGCCGGGCAGCAAAAAACGCGCAAGUUGGCACAGUCGGUGGCACAAGUGGUGCAUCUGCCAGUCAUCUCGGUCAACUCGUAACACCUGGGUCUGUCCCGUGAUCUGUCAGCGAGCCUUCCACACUGCACGUGGCCUCAAGGUGCACCCAGUUUGCCACAAGAGCCGAUUUGAUGUCAGCGGCAGGUAGCGUUGAAUGGCGACAGUUUAUGUAUUUGAGUGUGCACGCACGUGUGUGUAUGUGCCCGUGCGUGUGCGCGCGCGUGUGUGUUUUCAAGAGCGAUGCGCUCCGAGCCCUGAGAACUGACGAGUUCGAUUCCCAGCCACGGCCCAAUAUCAGUGGCGAUCUUUUUGAACCUGUUCUGGCCGUCACCUUGGUCGACUCGGCCUCGAAAGUGAGCAUACCGGGAUGGCAAAUGUGACCGGGCGUGGAUCUGGCCACACCACCCAGUCGUGCACCGUGCGCCAACCUCCAUAGGUGCUCACCGACUGCAGUCUGUGUUUGCGAGCUAUUGGGGGUGUGUGAUGGGUGGGGGGGUCUUUGUGGCGGCUCGGCUGCAGUCGCGUUCCCACGUGCAUGCACCGCAUCCUCUUAAGUUAUUUCCGGGCGCCUUGCC